CACCCAUACUGGUAAACGAAGCAGAUCUCGCUCGCUGCAACCAUGGUAGUUCUACUUUUACUCUCCCUCUCCCUUUCUUCUUUUUGACCUGCCCAAUUGUUGUGCGAUCCAUCUGUCGAUCCACGAUUGCAUAUUCAUUUUCGGAAACUAUGGCAGAGAAGUCUGACUCAUUCUCGAUCCGCGUUCCCUACAAGAACCUCAGGAACGAUUCUUCUUCCGCGGAGGUGGAGCUCGUCGGCGUUGACGAACCUGGCCAUCGGAUCGACCUCAAUUCGCCUCGUUCCGACCACUUACCACCGUCGAAGAACAACGCUUCCCUGACGAGACUGGUUCUCAGCUGCACCGUCGCCGCUGGUGUUCAGUUCGGAUGGGCCUUGCAGCUCUCUCUUCUCACACCCUAUAUUCAGACUUUGGGAAUAGGACAUGCGUUUGCUUCAUUUAUUUGGCUCUGUGGCCCAAUUACAGGUCUUGUGGUCCAACCCUGUGUUGGCAUUUGGAGUGAUAAGUGCACUUCAAAGUUUGGCAGAAGACGUCCAUUCAUUCUUGCAGGAUCUCUUAUGAUCUCCUUGGCUGUGGUAUUAAUCGGGUUUUCUGCAGACAUCGGAUAUAUAUUAGGGGAUACAAAUGAGCAUUGCAGAACUUUCAAAGGGACCAGAACUAGGGCUGCUCUUGUAUUUAUUCUUGGAUUUUGGAUGCUGGACCUUGCCAACAACACAGUGCAGGGUCCAGCUCGAGCACUUUUGGCUGAUCUGUCAGGUCCUGAUCAACGCAAUGUAGCAAAUGCUGUAUUUUGCGCAUGGAUGGCUGUGGGAAACAUCCUAGGAUAUUCGUCUGGUUCUAGUGGAAAGUGGAACAAAUGGUUCCCUUUCCUGACAAAUAGAGCUUGCUGUGAAGCCUGUGGCAAUCUUAAGGCAGCAUUUCUUGUUGCCGUGGUGUUUCUGACGUUAUGCACACUUGUAACCCUAUAUUUUGCUGAUGAAGUUCCACUUACUUCUGUGAAUCAACACCAGCAGUUAUCAGAUUCUGCUCCUUUAUUGGAUGAACAACAAAACGGAAAUGAUUUUUCAAACUCGAAGCCUUUAUCGGCUAGAAAUGAAUCAAAUGGUAUGGUAAGCAGGGAUCACGUUGAGAAAGAUGUAGAGCUGAAGCAUGAUAAUUUCAACGCUGGGGAAGAUCAUAGUGAGAUUUUAAUGGAUGGGCCUGGAGCUGUAUUAGUUAACUUGUUGACCAGUUUAAGACAUUUGCCACCUGCUAUGCAUUCAGUGCUGAUUGUAAUGGCUCUCACUUGGUUAUCAUGGUUUCCCUUCUUUCUGUUUGAUACGGAUUGGAUGGGAAGGGAAGUUUAUCAUGGAGAUCCAAAAGGGAGCUCUUCUGAAGUAAAUCUCUUUGAUCGAGGUGUUAGAGAAGGUGCAUUUGGUUUGCUAUUGAAUUCUGUCGUCCUUGGCAUCAGCUCUUUUUUAAUUGAACCAAUGUGUAAGUGGAUGGGUGCGAGAUUAGUAUGGGCAGUGAGCAAUUUUAUUGUCUUUGUUUGCAUGGCUGCUACUGCCCUUAUUAGUUUCAUUUCUGUCCGAGAUUAUGCCGGAGGGAUAGAACAUGUGAUUGGAGCAAGUGAAGAAAUCAAGGUUGCUUCCUUGGUUGUAUUUGUUCUUCUUGGUUUUCCUCUUGCAAUUACAUAUAGUGUUCCCUUUGCUGUCACAGCGGAGCUGACUGCUGAUUCAGGUGGUGGCCAAGGAUUGGCUACUGGAGUUCUGAAUCUUGCAAUUGUUGUUCCACAGGUAGUUUAUUUUUCUCAAAUAUUGCUGUCACUCCUUUCUUCAAGAGUAGCUUCUUUUCAAGAUGAUUAUAUCCCUUGGUUCUGGUCCAUGGGAUGCUCUGUUCGGUGGUGGCAAUGUUCCUGCCUUUGUUUUGGCCUCCGUCUGUGCUCUUGUGGGUGGUGUUGUUGCAACUCUCAAACUGCCAAAUCUGAGUAGCAGUUCCUUCAAGUCCUCAGGAUUUCAUUUUGGCUAGCGCUUGUGAAAUAAUUUUAACUUGUACAUGGUCUCAGAAAUUGGCAUAACAUGAAGGGUAUGGAGAGCUGGCAUGCUGAUUGCUUUAUGCUCCUUUUCAAUCAACAGAAGGCGCAUCCGAUAUUCAGAUUCAUUCAUUCUUCGCCCACAUAGUGGGUGUCUGUAUUCUAUGUAAUGUUAAACUCACUGCACAAUAGAAGAGCGCUUAGGUGCAUAUAGUAACACGUUUUUAUUUUGUUCAAAAUAGUAACACAUUUAGAAUAGGAUAAAGAAGGAAAAAUAAAACUUUUGAUUAGA